GGUACCAGCGCUGCUCUGUCCAUGUCCUCGGGAAAAGCCAUGGCGCUGCAACGAGCCACGACCAAGCAGACCGACUCGCAAUCUACUCUUUUUUUUGUUUUUUGUUUUUUGUCCCCACGUCUCUGCCACUCUCCCGAUCGACCGAAACCCUAAGCCCUGUUUUCUCUCUUCGUCUUGCGCCUAGCGAGUGGCGAAUCGUCUUGUGCUCCUGCUCUGCUCGUGUGCGAGAGGGGAGGCGCUCGACCGCCUUUGCUAGAACGAAGCCCUUUCUCCAUUUUGUACGUCUGCCGAAUCUUUUGAUCUCUGCUCCUUUCUUAAGAGAAUCUUAAUUUAUUUUGUUCAGUUUCGAGUUGUGAUCCUUACUUUGUAGUUUGAAGUCUAGAGUCGUAAAGGAUUGGUUUUGAUUUGGUUUUUGGAGUGCGAAUCAUCAGAUUGAUCUUUGAUGCCUCUGAGCGUCGAGCAAAAGUUCCGAUCGACAAACCAUGGAUCCUGAACCACCGAGAACAAGCAUGAAUUCCUCCAUGUCCAUCUUUCCGUUCUCCAGGCUGUGCAAGAGGAGGUCAGUGGCCGUGUCAGCGUCCGCCAAGGAGUUCCGGAACCCUAACAACCACUCCUCAAGUAACGAAGCUGUCGAUGGCUCCGACGAUAACAAGCCUCAGAUGACGCACAAGCUAUUUGACGCCAUUACUGCUCUUAAGUAUGCGUACGUGCAACUACAGCAAGCACACCUCCCUUACACACCGAAGAAGAUAAAACUUGCUGAUGAAGUCGUGGUCUCUGUGCUCCAGGCACUAUCUGAUCUCGAGGAAACUUACAGGUCUCGGUCUUCUCUGUCGUUGGAGAUUCACCGACACGAGGAUCUACUGGCACAGCUUCGAUCAAAAUUGCGCAUCAAAGACUUGGAAAUGCGCCGAUUGAGGUGUGAAAACGAAAAGCUCGAUGCAGAAAAUGCAGCGCUGGAAAAGGCAGUUAAGCAGAAGCUCUUGCCGAAAAAGAUUUUUCAUCUGAAUCAGGAAAUGUCACCGGCUCUGUUCUUGAACGUCUUCAAUCUCGCAGCAAAAUCUAUCCAUGAGUUUGCCAAGCCACUCAUUAGCUUGAUGAAAGCUUCUGGGUGGGAUCUCGAUCUUGCUGCGAGGUCACUCUACAGCUCCGUCGCCUUUGCCGAAAGGUCACACAAGAAGUAUGCGUUCGAGGCAUAUCUGUCUCAAGUAAUGCUCGAUCCUGCUCCUCUAGAGGAUGAAAGAUUCUCACUGGAUCAAUUAGACGGCGUGAUGAAUUCUCAAGAUCCUUUCGAUUAUCUAAUAGCAGAUCCGGAUUCUCAGUUUGGAAGAUUUUGCCGUUCUAAAUAUGCAUUAGCUGUGCCAUCCAAGAUGGAGGAUUCAUUCUUCGGCAAUCUCGAUCAGAGGUCGUUUGUACUGAGUGGCCGGCAUCCGAGAACUCCAUUUUACCAGGCAUUUGUUGCGAUGUCUAGAUGGGCUUGGGCGCUUCAGGUGAUGGCCAACUCCUUCGUUCCAAAGGCCGAGAUGUUUUAUGCCAAGAAUGGGCAGGAAUUCACGAGGGAGUACAUGGAAGACGUGGUGGGUGGCCUUGUUUCCAACAGAGGGAUGAAGCAUGUUGUCGGGUUCACAGUGACUCCGGGCUUCAGGAUGGCGAGCACCAUUGUUCCCUGCAGGGUCUAUUCCUACAGGAUGAAAGUCCUCCAUGAACAAUUCCAGACUUGAUCAGUAGUAAAAUUAAGGAGGUAAUAAUACUUCGUUUGCAAUUUGAAUAACUAUGAAAGUAUGCCACAAAGUUUCCUAUGAACUGUAAACUUUGAUCUGCCAGGAGCACACAGGUGUAACAGUAUCCAAUUUGUACAUAAUCUACUUUAACAACUAACAAGUAGCAUUUUGUGGUUA